AUGGCUCUGAUAAAGAUCUCUUCCACUCAUCUUUCUAGUCAGCGGUUUACUCUUGUCCAGAUCCCGUUCUGCUAUUCGAGAAACGAUUUUAUGCACGUCUCGCGCGAGGAUAUACACCCAACAUGCAAAGAGAGAAAUGAAGGAAAAAUGAACAUUAAGAUGAGAAAGAGGAAAAAGGCGGAUAAUGAAAACAAAAACCUAAACGGGAUAAUGAUGUGGGCUAGGAAAUGGAAUCAAACAGAGGAGGUAGAGCUGGAAAAAGGGGAGGAGACGUAA